AUGAUUCUCAGGGUUCAAGUUGGUGCGCCGAAAGGGAGCAAUCCGUUUCUUCCUCAAGUCACAGAUCCUGGAGCUGUGUACAAAUGUCCUUUCAAAAACUCUUGCAAUGUUAUAGAUAUCAAUUCCAUGAACACUCCAGGAAAAGACCACAGAAAAGCCAAUGGGUGGCUGGGUGGUGCUAUGGAUGUUAGCACGUCAACCCAUUCUUAUGCUGUUUGCAGUCACAGAAUGAUAAAUCAGAAAUGGAACUCGUAUUACAUGAUAGGUUCUUGUUAUUGGGGUCACAGUCAAGCAAAUAUGCAACCCCAAUAUGUUAUGACACCUUUAGAUGAUCACGAGAUAUAUACUCUGCAAGAAUCAACUGCGAACUCGAAUCCAGUUUCGGUCUACGAUUGGGGAAAUGGUCUGGCUGGAAUGUCAGUCCACAUACCAAAAAAUCUUACAAAUGGGAACAUGCAACUUGUGAUAGGGGCUCCAGGUGUGUUUAACCUUCGUGGGGCUGUAAUAUUGUAUCGCAACCUGGAAAGAGGACUCGGACAACCAUUAGUCACAAAUCCUUACAAAACUGUUGGCGGUCCAAUAGAUGAUGAUUAUGUUGGAUAUCAAGUAUCAUCAGGUUAUUUCUACAAUCGCGACAAAGUUUUGUACGUGGCGAGUGCCCCAAGAUCGAUGUAUAAAGGAAAGGUAAUAAUUUUUGAAUUUGCCAGAACAACAAGAGAGGCUAUGAUCAUUAAACAAGAACUUGUUGGUAAAACUAUUGGAGAAUAUUUCGGUGCAUCUAUCGCAAGUGGCGAUCUCGACAAUGAUGGCCUGGACGACUUAGUAAUCGGAGCGCCUCAAUGGAGCAGCGUUGAAGAUGAAGGACGAAUAUAUGUUUAUAUGGGUUCAAAUACAGGCCGAUUGAGUCUUAGUAUUUCAUUUGAUGGUUCGGUGAAGGGCGCUAUGUUUGGAUAUGCCGUACAAUUUCUCGGAGACGUCGAUGGAGAUGGAUACAAUGAUUUGGCAGUUGGAGCUCCAUAUGACGAUGAUUUUAGAGGUGCUUUAUAUGUAUAUUACGGUGGUCCAUCAGGUCUAUCAGCUGCUCGAAGCACAAGGAUAUCUGCGAGUGUAUUAUCACCUGAAUUGAAAGGCUUUGGUGUUAGCUUCAGUAAAGCUGAAGAUCUCGACAGCAAUGGAUAUGGAGAUUUUGCAGUUGGUUCCUUUAUAUCUGGCCACGCGGUUCUGUUAAGAUCAAAACCAGUGAUGGAUGUCGUGGUGUCAAUAAAAACAAAAUCAAAUAGUUUAGAUCAUUCAGCAACACAAUUCGAAAUUGAUUUAUGUGUUUUUUAUUCCGGACGUGGAUUACCAACAGACAUGGUUGUGAUACGAAAUGUAUCAGCCGAUGCAGCUUUUGGGCGUGUUACUUUAUCAAAAACAGGAAGAUUUCAAAAUGAAGCUAAUGUGAAGGUGGCGAUAAACAGAGAAACGUGUGAAACUAUCACAUUUGAUCUGAAGGCAAAAAAUAAUUUUGAACCAAUGGAAAUUAUAUCGUCUUAUAGCCUUUUGCCGGAAUCAAACUAUAGCAGUGUUCUUUUAUAUGGGACUCAAAAUUUUCCUAAUUACGAUGGUUUUUGUACGAAUUGUCCAGUGAUGAGAUUAGGUUCUAAGACUCGAGCUUCUGCCACAAUAUCUUUCGCUUCUAACUGUGGAAAUGACGGUCAAUGUACAUCGGAUUUACAUGUUGACGUUAAAUUUAAUGGUACAACCAAAAUGGUAUACAUUCUGGGCUCAGAUAAAACAUUGCAAUUGGAAGUUGAAGUCCACAAUAAAGGUGAAUCUGCUUACUCGACUCAACUCCAUGUUAAAAUACCAAAACCAGUUGAUUUAGAAAGCAUUCCGUCUAGUUGCCAACAAGAUGAUGACGCUGGAGAAUAUAAUAUAGCAAUUACUUGCUUCGUAGCAAACCCUCUAUAUAAUGAUAAAAGAUAUUUCUUCACUCUUCCUCUGGAUAUGAGCAAAGUAGGCUUAUUAGAAGACUAUGAUAUGACAGACAACGAGUUAUUAUUCAACGUGGCUGCGACUACAAUUAGUAGUAACAUUGAAAAAAAUAAUAUUAAAGAUAUAGCUAUUCAGUUGAAAAAUGAAUUCGAUAUUACGGUUACUGGUAAAACGCCGCAAGAUGCAUUAUCAUAUGAUACACCCGAUAAUGAAACUGCAGUGGAACUAUUGAGAUUUCAACAUAAUUUUAUUGUCCAAAAAUUUGGUGCAAGUCCUGUUCAUCAAGCUGCUCUCUCCAUAAUAUUUCCCUAUGCAAUGCACCGCGACAAAAAUGAAAUAAAAAAAUUCUUAGUGGUCCAUUCAAAUGCAGGAUCGCAGGAUGGCCAGCCACUACAAUGCUCAAGUAAUCAAAUCAAUUAUCAUGUCGAAAAUGAAUACUCAACUGAAGAUUUUGAUAGUUACGACUUUAAUAAUGAGACUGAGAUGUAUAGAAUGACAAUGCCGCGGUCUCGAAAAACUCGUGAUGUGAGCAAUUAUCAAGAAUCGCCAGAAAAUAGAACUUUAUUGCUAAAUUGCAAUUCACCAUCAUUUUUGUGCUACGAAAUUAAAUGUCAAGUAGGACCUUUCUUUCAAGAACAAACAGUAGUUCGACUAUCCAUAGACAUGGCUAUGAAUGUAUCUGUUUUAAAAGGUAAGAAAUAA